AUGGAGCCUAGUGAUGGUGAAGGUUGGGAUAGGCUACGAACUCCACUCCUUGCUGCAGCACAGGGAAGCAAGAUUGUUGUGACCAGUCGUAAUGAAUCUGUUGCAAUAACUAUGCGUGCAGUCCAGACUCGUCAUCUGGGACAAUUAAGCCCACAACAUUGUUGGAGGCUAUUUGAAAAGCUUGCAUUUCAGGACAGAGACUCCAACGCAUUCCUUGAGCUUGAACCCAUAGGCAGACAGAUUGUGGACAAGUGCCAAGGAUUGCCUUUGGCUGUAAAAGCACUCGGCCGUCUCUUGCACUCUAAGGUCGAAAAAAGGGAAUGGGAGGAUAUCUUGAACAGUGAAAUAUGGCAUCUGCGGAGUGGUCCUGAAAUUCUUCCAUCUUUGAGAUUGAGCUAUCAUCAUCUUUCUCUACCUCAAAAGCAUUGUUUUGCAUAUUGUUCAAUUUUUCCCCAAGACCACGAAUUCGACAAAGUGGAGCUGAUUUUAUUAUGGAUGGCAGAAGGUCUUCUACGUCCACAACAAAGCGACGGAAGGAGAAUGGAAGAGAUAGAAACACUAUCAUUUGAGGAUAUGCUGAAUUGGGAGAAAUGGUUAUGUUGUGGAGAAUUCCCUCAUCUCCAGAAGCUUUCUAUGCGAUGUUGUCCCAAACUCACUGGGAAAUUACCAGAACAGCUUCUUUCAUUGGAGGAACUUCAAAUUUAUAAUUGUCCGCAGCUACUUAUGACUUCACUCACAGUUCUUGCCAUCCGUGAAUUGAAGAUGGUGGAUUUUGGUAAAUUGCAGUUGCAAAUGGCAGCUUGUGACUUUAUAGCUCUUCAAACUUCAGAAAUUGAAAUUUUAGACGUGUCUCAGUGGAAGCAACUUCCAGUGGCACCACACCAGCUCUCAAUCAGAAAAUGUGAUUAUGUGGAGUCUCUACUAGAGGAGGAAAUCUUGCAAAGCAACAUUUAUGAUCUGAAAAUCUAUGAUUGUAGUUUUUCUAGAUCCCUGCACAAAGUUGGUUUACCCACUACAUUGAGAUCACUAUCAAUCUCUCAAUGUUCCAAACUAGAGUUUCUCCUACCUGAGUUGUUCAGAUGUCAUCUCCCAGCCCUUCAAAGGCUGAGGAUCUUUGGUGGUGUUAUCGAUGAUUCUCUCUCGUUAUCCUUCUCAUUAGGCAUCUUCCCUGAGUUGAUUCAUUUCGCAAUCAAUGGUCUUAAGGGGCUUAGGAAGCUGUUCAUCUCGAUUUCAGAGGGGGAUCCCACAUCUUUAUGUGUCUUGGGAAUCCAUAUCCAGGAGUGCCCUAAUCUUGAAUCUAUCGCAUUGCCUGGUCUCAAAUUGGAGUAUUGUUGGAUCUCUAGUUGCUCCAAGCUUAGGUCUUUGGCACACAUGCACUCAUCUAUACAGGAGUUGUGUUUAUGGGAUUGUCCAGAAUUGUUGUUUCAGAGAGAGGGUUUGCCUUCCAAACUAAGUGAACUUGUGAUUGGGAACUGCAACCAACUCAUGCCCCGGAUGGAGUGGGGUUUGCAAAGGCUGACCUCUCUUACACAUUUAAGAAUGGAAGAGCUUCCCAAUCUCAAGUCUCUUGACAAUUGGGGGCUUCAACAACUCACCUCUCUUCGAGAAUUAGGGAUCAUAAACUGCCCAGAGCUCCAGUUCUCGACAGGAUCUGCUCCAAUCCUUGACAGAAGUGGGUCUCCAACACCUCACCUCUCUUGA